AUGAUCAAUGCUGUAUAUCCCGCUUGGAAUGUUUCCAGUCAAGACUUGGGCAAUUGGGAUCAUUUCUGUUACUCGCAGUACAAUCUACAAUACGACGACAUGAGUGAAAACUUUUUUCAUCACUACCGUGACGACAUACAGCGCAUGAGUGACAUGGGGCUGUCGUCCUUCCAGUUUUCUAUCUCUUGGUCAAGAAUCAUGAUCUGGAAUGCAGAAACAAGGAGAAUGGAGCCCAAUCCUCAAGGCCUUACGUCCUAUCACGCUUUACUUGACGAUAUGCAGGCAAAGGCACUGCAACCAAUUGCAACACUCUACCAGUUCAAUCUACCGUUAAUGUUGCAGACAAAACUGGAGCCAACCGGCUGGCUGAAUCCAGACAUUGUAACACACUUUGAAGACUUUGCGGAGCUAGCGUUCCGAGAAUUUGGAAAAAAGGUCAAGUACUGGGCCACAUUUGACGAGCCGUUGACGUUCAUUAGCGGCAAGUACGGCUCGCGUGAUGUUGUUUCUGGCGCAAAGAAGCCGUCGGACAUGAAUAUAUACACGGUGGCACACAACGUGCUGCUGUCACAUGCUAGAGCAGUAGCAGUUUUCCGUGCAUUGAAAGGAGAUGAAAGGAAUGUCAUCGCUGCUGGUGCUCGCAUUGGCAUCAUGUUGAGUACCGAGUUCGGCUACCCGCUUGAUGAGUCAGACGCUUUGAACGCGGAAGCGGCAGAGCUGGAAAUGCAGUUCAGCCUCGGUUGGCUUUUAAUGCCGAUUGCUACUGGUGAUUAUCCAGCAAUCAUGCGUGAGCGUAUCGGUAACAGACUUCCGACGUUCAGCUCCGACGAGGCUGCACUGGUCAAGGGAUCGUAUGAUGUGUUUCUGCUCAACAAUUAUAACUUCUGCUUAAAGUACUCUGAGAGAUCCUGCGGCAAACUCCCGCAGGCUUACGAUAGUGAGAGAGAAACAGAUGAGACACCAGUACAUAAUGGUCCUCGUAUGCUUCCUGCGAGCAGCCCGGGGAGCUCCUGGCGUCCUGGUUGUCCGGACAGUUACUUCGCCACCAUCAGGUGGCUGCAUGAGAAAGAUCGCUCGACGGAAAUAUUGCUCACAGAGACAAGUUGGUGUAAGACUAAUCAGAUUGACACUUUGGGACAGCUUCGCUGCUUCCAGGUCUACAUAAGGCAAUUGUACAAAGCGAUCGUGGAGGAAAAGAUCCCGAUUAUUGGAUUCACUGCGCAGUCGGUCCUAGACAACAACGAGCAUGGCUCUUACAGUCUACACUUUGGUCAGUACGUAAACUUUACUUCUAGUUCGACGCAAGGCCUUCCUUGCAAUUUGCAUCCAGUAGUAGAAUGGUUUGCACAUCUUGCAACGACCAAAUGCCUAGAUAGGUGGGAUCAAGAAGCAGUUUUGUCACGCAAGAAAGAGCUUGAUCUAGAGGCUGGUGGCAAUGAUGUUGAUGUCCCAUGGUCACUGAGUGAAGUUGUUAUUCUUAUCAUAAUUGGAGUGCUUAUUCUGGGUGCCAUCACGUACGAGGUGAUGCGCAAACUCCGUAUGAGCAGCCAAGGGUCCCCGGAGGAAGUGCAAGUUCUUAUCACGAUUGAAGACUAG